GGCAGCACGUUUUCCCUGUCUUGGGAAAGGAGGGAAAGGUGAAGGAAGGACCAGGGGACUUGUAACCAUGUGGAUGUUUAUUGCCUGUUUCACUUGGAUUCGUGUUUCCUUGGCAACAAACCCUGUGUGGCUCGAGAUCCGUGGUGAAAUGACACCUGUUGUGUCUGUGAGGGACCGGCCGAAAAAUGGGUUUUGUGGAGCAGUGUGUGCUGGCACUGAGAACAAGCUGAGCUCCCUGUCUGACCUGGAGCAGCAGUACCGCGCCCUGCGCAAGUACUAUGAGAACUGCGAGGUGGUGAUGGGCAACCUGGAGAUCACCAGCAUCGAGCACAACAGAGACCUCUCCUUCCUCAGGUCUAUCCGAGAAGUCACAGGCUACGUGUUGGUGGCUUUGAACCAGUUUGAAUACCUGCCCCUGGAGAACCUGCGCAUCGUCCGCGGGACCAAGCUCUACGAGGAGCGAUACGCUCUGGCCAUCUUCCUCAACUACAGGAAGGAUGGCAACUUUGGGCUCAGGGAGCUUGGCUUGAGGAACCUGACGGAGAUACUGAAUGGAGGGGUGUAUGUCGGGCAGAACAAAUUCCUCUGCUUUGCAGACACCAUUCAUUGGCAAGACAUCGUGCGUAACCCCUGGGCCUCCAACUUCACUCUGGUUCCAACAAAUGGCAGCUCAGGAUGUGGUCGGUGCCACAAGUCCUGCACAGGACGGUGCUGGGGACCAACAGAGAAUCACUGCCAGACCUUGACCAAGACGGUGUGUGCGGAGCAGUGCGACGGGCGCUGCUACGGGCCCUUCGUCAGCGACUGCUGCCACCGCGAGUGCGCCGGCGGCUGCCACGGACCCAAGGACACCGACUGCUUCGCCUGCAUGAAUUUCAAUGACAGUGGUGCUUGUGUCACACAGUGCCCCCAGACCUUUGUGUACAACCCCACCACCUUCCAGCUGGAGCACAAUCACAAUGCCAAGUACACCUAUGGGGCUUUCUGUGUCAAGAAGUGCCCACACAACUUUGUGGUGGAUUCCAGCUCUUGUGUCCGGGCAUGUCCAAGCUCCAAGAUGGAGGUUGAAGAAAAUGGAAUUAAGAUGUGCAAGCCCUGCACUGACAUUUGUCCUAAAGCAUGUGAUGGCAUUGGGACAGGGAGUUUGGUGUCAGCUCAGACAGUGGAUUCCAGCAACAUUGACAAGUUUGUAAACUGCACCAAGAUCAAUGGCAACCUUAUCUUCCUUGUCACUGGGAUUCAUGGGGACCCGUAUCACACGAUCGCUGCCAUCAAUCCAGAGAAAUUAAAUAUCUUCCAAACAGUGAGAGAGAUAACAGGGUAUUUGAACAUACAGUCAUGGCCUGAGAAUAUGACAGACUUCAGGGUGUUUUCUAACUUGGUUACCAUUGGUGGGAGAGCUCUCUAUAGUGGCCUUUCCUUGCUCAUCCUAAAGCAACAAGGCAUCACUUCCCUGCAGUUUCAGUCCUUGAAGCAGAUCAGUGCUGGCAACAUCUACAUCACAGACAACAGCAACUUGUGUUACUACCACACUGUCAACUGGACCAGCCUCUUCAGCACCCCCAGCCAAAAGACAGUGAUCCACCGGAACAAGCGGGCAGAGAACUGCACUGCUGAUGGGAUGGUGUGCAAUGAGCUGUGCUCCAGUGACGGCUGCUGGGGGCCAGGGCCAGACCAGUGCCUGUCCUGCAAGCGCUUCAUCAGGGGCAGGACCUGCAUCGACUCCUGCAACCUCUACGACGGGGAAUUCCGAGAGUUUGCCAAUGGUUCUGUGUGUGUGGAGUGUGAUCCCCAGUGUGAGAAGAUGGAGGAAAACAUGAUCACCUGCUACGGGCCGGGACCUGACCACUGCACAAAGUGUUUCCAUUUCAAGGACGGCCCAAACUGUGUGGAGAAGUGUCCUGAUGGCUUGCAGGGGGCCAACAGCUUCAUUUUCAAGUACGCCGACGAGGAUCGGGAGUGCCACCCGUGCCAUCCCAACUGCACCCAAGGGUGCAUAGGGCCACACCUGGAGGACUGCAUUGGGCUGAUGGAUAGAACCCCCCUGAUUGCUGCAGGAGUCAUUGGUGGGCUCUUCAUCAUCGUCAUCAUGGGGCUGACGUUCGCCGUGUACGUGCGGCGCAAGAGCAUCAAGAAGAAGAGAGCGCUGCGAAGGUUCCUGGAGACUGAGCUUGUGGAGCCCUUGACCCCGAGCGGCACGGCGCCCAACCAAGCACAGCUCCGCAUCCUGAAGGAGACAGAGCUGAAGAGAGUCAAGGUGCUGGGCUCUGGAGCCUUUGGAACGGUGUACAAGGGGAUCUGGGUCCCUGAGGGUGAAACAGUGAAGAUUCCUGUGGCCAUUAAGAUCCUUAAUGAGACCACUGGUCCAAAAGCCAACGUGGAGUUCAUGGAUGAAGCUCUCAUCAUGGCCAGCAUGGACCACCCACACCUGGUGAGACUCCUGGGCGUGUGCUUGAGCCCCACCAUUCAGCUGGUCACCCAGCUGAUGCCACAUGGCUGCCUCCUGGAUUAUGUCCAUGAGCACAAGGAUAAUAUUGGCUCCCAGCUCCUGCUGAACUGGUGUGUCCAAAUAGCCAAGGGAAUGAUGUACCUGGAAGAGAGGAGGCUCGUGCACCGGGACUUGGCAGCCCGUAAUGUCCUGGUGAAAUCACCUAACCACGUGAAAAUCACUGACUUUGGCUUGGCCAGGCUUCUGGAAGGGGAUGAAAAGGAGUAUAAUGCUGAUGGGGGAAAGAUGCCAAUUAAGUGGAUGGCUCUGGAGUGCAUACACUACAGGAAAUUCACCCAUCAGAGUGAUGUGUGGAGCUAUGGAGUCACCAUCUGGGAGCUGAUGACCUUCGGGGGGAAGCCGUACGAUGGAAUCCCAACCCGAGAGAUCCCCGACCUGCUGGAGAAGGGGGAGAGGCUGCCCCAGCCCCCCAUCUGCACCAUUGAUGUCUACAUGGUGAUGGUCAAGUGCUGGAUGAUUGAUGCUGACAGUCGGCCAAAAUUCAAGGAGCUGGCUGCUGAAUUCUCUAGAAUGGCUCGAGACCCUCAGAGAUACCUGGUAAUUCAGGGAGAUGAUCGUAUGAAGCUCCCAAGCCCAAACGACAGCAAGUUCUUCCAAAAUCUUCUUGAUGAGGAAGACCUGGAAGAUAUGAUGGAUGCUGAAGAGUAUCUUGUCCCUCAAGCAUUCAACAUUCCUCCUCCCAUCUACACCUCCAGGACAAGGAUUGAUUCCAACAGGAACCAGUUUGUGUACCGGGACGGUGGCUACACUGCCGAGGUGCCAAUGCCAUACAGGGCUCCAGGCUGCAUCAUUCCAGAGGCCCCAGCUGCCCAGGGGGCCACAGCAGAGAUCUUUGAAGACACCUGCUGCAACGGCACGAUGCAGAAGCAGGUGGCAAGCCUGGCAAAAGAGGACAGCAGCACGCAGAGGUACAGCGCUGACCCCACCGUCUUCAUCCCCGAGCGGGUCGUGCGGGGAGAGCUGGACGAGGACGGGUACAUGACACCCAUGAGAGACAAGCCUAAAACAGACUACCUAAACCCAGUGGAAGAGAACCCAUUUGUUUCCCGGCGGAAGAAUGGGGAUCUCCAGGCUGUGGACAACCCAGAGUACCACAACACCCCCAACGGGCAGCCCAAAGCAGAGGACGAGUACGUGAACGAGCCUUUGUACCUCAACACCUUCGCCAACACCCUGGAGAGCGCCGAGUACCUGAAGAACAACCUGCCAGAGAAAGCCAAGAAGGCCUUUGACAACCCAGACUACUGGAACCACAGCCUGCCCCCACGGAGCAGCCUCCAGCACCCGGAUUACCUGCAGGAGUACAGCACAAAAUACUUUUACAAACAGAACGGACGGAUCCGGCCCAUGGUGGCAGAGAAUCCUGAAUACCUCUCCGAGUUCUCCCUGAAGCCUGGCACUGUGCUGCCCCCGCCGCCCUACAGACACCGGAAUACCGUGGUGUAGUGGCUGUGCUCUCUCUCAAGUGGAAAGGCAACCCCUUCUAGCUGCCUCACUCGUACUCUCACUCCCCCUUUCCCCCUGCCCUUGCCCGCCCUUCCUGCCUCCCUCCCUCUCUCUCUCUCCCAUGAGCUUCCUCUUCUUGCCAGUUCACUCAUUUUUGAUAUUUCUAAGUGAAAGGAUGUCUCGGAGUUGGUUGCAGAUUGGGUUGGGAACCUGGAAGGACGGAAGGAAAGAGACUGAAAGAAGGAGUGUGCAACCUGGCCUUCCCCACUUUUGGCAGAUGCAGGGGGCUGGAUGCCCACAUUUCCCUGGUGGUACCAGGAAAGGCCAGUGGCAGUGCUGCUGCCCAGCUCGUUCACAGUGCUUCAACCAGACACUGUAGGGCAAGCCACAGAAAGGCUGAUUCUUUCAGCAGGAACUGAUGAUGGUCUGUACAGCAUUCCUGGAAAUCUCCAUGCAAUUUCCAUCAGGGUGAAAAAUGGACAAUUUUUAUAUCCUGUGUGAUAGCGUAGUAAUUGAGAUUGAGAAUCCAAUUUCUUUCUCUAACAGUUUCUAUCCCAGCAAGUGGAAAUGGCUAGCAUAGCUUUUCAAAAACAUUCAGAUCUUCAUUGUGGCUUUCCAAGAAAUGAUGAUGUGACUCCCACAUACAGCUAAACCCUUCUUCUGAGCCACACGGUGAUUUCGUGCCAAUUCCCAGCCACAGAGACUCCUGCUCAGAGCUGGUACCUGACAUGACCAUUUUUGUAUGUGUGCCAACACAACAAACACUUUGAACACUAAAUAUUGUUCAGAAGAGAGUAACAAAACCACACCUCCAAUAUGUUCCUCUUGAAGCUAAAAAACAGGCCAAGAAAUGAAGAUUUGUAUGCCAAAAGCUUUGCUUUUCUGUUUUAUACCUGCUGACUAUAAACACUUCAAAAGAUUGUCACUAAUUCUUCCCUCUUUUUCUUCUUCAUGGUCUUGAAGGGAGCUGGGGAUGCUGUCAGGCAACACUGAGGACAAGACAGAGAACUGAAGAGUCUGAUGUUCUGUGGGGUGGGGUGGGAAGGGUCCUUUAAACUGGAAGACAGACACUGGACUGGAGAAAACGCACAUAGCGGUUCACUGGAAAGUUAGUUUGCACUUAACCUCUGAUUUUAUUUGAACUGUUUUCUGGAUUUUGAAUGAAGCAAUAUGGAAGUGA